CCUGCAGGUCCUGAGCUGUGAAUUUUAACAUUUUAAUCUAGAAAAGUGUCACGGCACGGGUCUCGGCGUGGAAACCCCCCCCCCAUUUACACAGCUGUCAGAGAAAAGAAGUUAUUUCAUUGUCCACUUCAUUGGAUCAUUCCAAAAGGCAUCUGCUGUGGGACGCUAGGAGCUGGUAGAGAUGCAAAGAGGUACAGAGGCACCAGACCAGUCAGGGGCCAACAGGGAGGCUCCAGGAAUCAUGGAGAUCAAAAUUGUUGUAGUAGGAGAUGGAGGCUGUGGAAAGACAUCGCUGCUCAUGGUCUUUGCAAGAGGACAAUUCCCCAAGGUUUACGUCCCAACAGUGUUUGAGAAGUAUUCCGCCCCCUUUCACAUCAGUGGCAAGCAAGUCCAUAUCAAUCUCUGGGACACAGCAGGGCAGGAAGAUUAUGACAGGCUGCGCCCUCUCUCCUAUAGUGGGGCUCAUGCAGUUAUCAUGUGCUAUGAUGUCACCAACCCCAGCAGCUUCGACAACAUUCUCACAAAGUGGUACCCCGAAGUGAAGCAUUUCUGCAGAGGGAUUCCAAUUCUGCUUGUUGGUUGUAAGACAGACUUAAGAAAGGACAAGGUACUGCUAAGGAAGCUGCAUCAGGACCAACUGGAGCCCAUCACAUACCAGAAGGGAGAAGCAUUGGCUCAGAAUCUCCAUGCAGUUGCCUACCUUGAGUGCUCAGCCCGCUUUCAUGAGAACAUCAUCAACAUCUUUGCAGAGGCCUCCAGAGCAGCCUUGAAUAUCAUGAAGAAGAACCAGCGCAGGCGUAAACCCAAAAGGUCUUGCCUGCUUUCCUGACAGCUG